AUGUGCAACUACGUUAACAACGUCACCCGAUGCCGCCAAUGUGGCCUUAAUAUCACUCAGUCCCUGUCGAACAUUGUCUAUUGCCCUCGCUACCGCAAUGGCAUGGCUUGUGUCGCUGUUGAGCGGGACCGUCGCACAAACCUAAUCUGCUGCUCUGCCUGCCAGCAUGCUUAUUAG